CUAGUCGGAAGAAUGUAUCUAACGCAAUUGGACCAGGGAACAUGAAGUCAAGUUAACUUCGGAUAUUGUAUUUUCGACUUUUCUUACAUUUCGUUCACGUCAGUUUCUUAAAUGUCAUUUCUGUUCAGCCUACGUGUUUGACUGUACUUUUAGUGUGUAGUGUCGUUUUUUCUACAUUUGUUGAUGUAGCUUUAUGACAUGUCCUUGACUAUUGGAAUUAACAGUUUCCAACCUCGAGCUCUUCAUUCAUUAAUGUAGCGAGUCAUGACAGAUCACAAUCUACUAGAAACGGAGGCAAUUCAAUGUAACAGUAAUGCUAAAGACAGCGUUUUCAAAAAACGUUUAGGACUGAUCGCAACUGGGAUUGUCGGGGGGUCACUUGUUGCCCUCUACGCUGUUGCAGGACCAUUUGUAGCACCUGCUUUGAGAAAGGUGUGCUUACCCUAUGUCCCCGCUACCUCAGCACAGGUGGAAAACGUCCUGAAAGUCCUACAGGCGAGAUCUGGAUCCCUCGUGGAUAUCGGAAGUGGAGAUGGAAGAAUAGUUAUAGCAGCUGCAAAAAAAGGUUUUCAAGCUGUUGGAUUUGAGUUAAAUCCGUGGUUGGUGUGGUACUCCCGUUACCGAGCUUGGAGGGAGGGAGUUCACCAUUCUACUUCCUUCCAAAUAUCUGAUUUAUGGAAGGUCAGUUUUGCUCAAUAUUCAAAUGUUGUCAUAUUUGGAGUACCUCAGAUGAUGGAUCAGUUGGAGGAGAAACUGCAGACAGAACUACAGGGCACAGCUAAAGUGGUGGCUUGUCGCUUCCCUUUUCCCACCUGGGCACCAGAUGGCACAGCUGGAGAAGGAAUAGACACUGUGUGGGUAUAUGAUGCAAGAUCAUUUAAAGCAGAAAGAGAGGCACAGUAGGGACUUAUCAAGACUUCACAAAUGCCAACAAAGUCACUGGUACCACUAGCAUGUCACAGACCAAUAAUUUGUUUGAUGCCACCGCCCCCACUUUAAAUCCAGCCAUAUCUGUGCAUACAUUCCAUUCUAUUUCCUGUCUGCUGUAGCAUUCUGUCUAAUUGUGAGCCUGAUGAAGCUUGACACAGGUGUGAAACAGACAGGUGUUUGCGAUGCAUAAGACACGGCAUGGAAUACAUUUUGGGUAUUGACAACCACAACCAAUAACAGCCAGCACAAGACAUGGUUCAUGCAGGUUGCAUUAUGCCGAAACAGAUUGUACUUUGACAUUGACUAUCUCAUGUACAUUUUUUUGUGUAAUAGGUCUACCCUAAAACAGAUGUAUUUUUUGUGAUAAUGCUUUAUCUGGUACCCUGUGAGACUUUGUUAUUGUUCCAGAAUGUUAUCAAAUAAAAUUUGGAAUAGACAUUAUUAUGUGUAUUCUAUAACAGUAUUUUCUAUGUACCUUUAUUUAAAAUAAUUAUAAGUUUAUGAAAACAUUCUUGGAUUUUUUAUUUCACAUUUUUCACAUUUUAUUUCACAUGUGGAAUUAAACUCUUCUUCAACACUA